AUGAAUCAAUAUAUGUCUUUCUUGUUGUCGCUUCUUUUAUUAUGUGUUGCUUCCUCGAAUUCAAUUUCAAACAAAGUUGUUGAAGUAGAUGUCAUUUGCAAAGAAGCCUCAAAUCCUUCCUAUUGUUCAAAUCUUCUCAACUCAAAGCCAGGAGGAGCAAAAGAUGCUAGUCUUGUUGAUUUUGCAGAUUACAUGAUUGAUGGGCUUAUUGACAAUUCAACCAACACGGAUAUGCUAAUAUCCAUAUUGAUUGAUAAAAUUGGUGAUAAUUAUACUGAAAUAAACUAUUACUAUCGUUGUAAAGUAAAUAUUCUUAGCGUUGAUGGCAUCAUUGCUAGACUUGUGAUUGCAGAAAAAGAUCUAACACUUAAACAUUAUCCAGCCAUGAUCAAAGGUAUACGUGAUGUUAUGGAUAAAAUUCUUCAAUGUCGUGAUAGUCUACGUCAACAUAAAACGAGUCCAUUAGUCGCCCAAAAUGUUGAUGUUCUUCAACAAAGUGGUCAAGUGCUUCAAAUUAUAUCAAAAUAUAUAAAUCGUGGAUAG